GGGGUCUGCGCUGCGACGCUUCAGUGGAAAGUGGAAAGUGAGGAGAAAAUACCUGGAUGGACGAUCUGAAAUAAGCUGGAGCCUCUUCCCGCCCUUCGUCCUUUUACCCAUCAGCCCUUGCUCCUCCUCCUCUGUUUCCAUCAUAGAUUCUUUGGGCAGUAAAGUUCUGGCUCUGCCUCUGUUCAUCUCCUCGUCUCUGUCGGAGAGAAAGGGGGCCCUCCAGGGGGGCGCAGGGGGGGCUCCGACGGCCCACUCCAGACCCACACUCAUCAUGGACAACGAGUCGCAGUAUUCCGGGUAUUCCUACAAAUCCUCCCAUUCCCGGAGCUCCCGGAAACACAGGGAUCGACGGGACCGACAUCGCUCCAAAAGUCGAGAUGGAAGCAGCCGCGGGGACAAAUCUGUGACGAUCCACACCCCGGGAGACAAGUCCAUGAGCGUCCACUCCCCGGGAGACCCUCUGCUGGACGAGUCGGGCCGAGACGACAGGGACGAUAACUGGGGCGAGACCACCACCGUCGUCACGGGAACCUCUGAACACAGCAUCUCCAACGAGGAUCUGACUCGUGUUUCCAAAGAUCUGGAGGAGACGGCGCCUUUGGAGUGCAAGCGCUUCCUGUUUCCCGUUUUGGCCGGGUUCCUCAGCUUCUUCGCCUUCCUCACUCCUCUGGCGUUCCUCAUCCUCCCUCAGGUUUUGUGGCGGGACAGUUUAGAGGCGUGCGGGACCCCGUGCGAAGGUUUGUACGUCUCUCUGGCGUUCAAACUCCUCGUCCUUCUCAUUUCGUCCUGGGCGCUGUUCUUUCGUCCUCCCCGUGCCACGUUACCGAGGUUUUUUGUUUUCCGGUGCCUCCUGAUGGCGCUGGUGUUUCUGUUCGUGGCGUCGUACUGGUUGUUCUACGGCGUGCGAGUCCUGGAGCCGAGAGAGAGGGAUUACAGGGGCAUCGUGGAGUACGCCGCCUCCCUCGUAGACGCGCUCCUCUUCAUCAAGUAUCUGGCCCUGGUUCUGCUGGAGAUCAGGCACCUGCAGCCGGCGUUCUGCCUCAAAGUCGUGAGGAGCAGCGACGGAGCGAGCAAGAGCUACAACGUGGGACAUCUCAGUAUCCAGAGAGCUGCGGUCUGGAUCCUGGAUCGAUACUACAGCGACUUCCCCGUGUAUAACCCCGCCUCCAUCAACCUCCCCAAGUCCAUCCUGAGCAAGAAGAUGAGCGGCUUCAAGGUUUACUCCAUCGACGAAAACCCCACAAACAACUCGGGCGGUCAGUCCAGAGCCAUGAUCGCCGCCGCCGCUCGGAGACGAGACAAUUCACACAACGAGUUUUAUUAUGAAGAGGCGGAGAUGGAGAGGAGGGUCCGCAAACGCAAGGCCAGACUGGUCGUGGCUGUGGAGGAGGCGUUCACUCACAUCCGGAGGCUCCAGGAGGGCGAGUCUUCAUCUUCUCCCAAACAUCCCAGAGAGGUGAUGGAUCCUCGGGAGGCGGCUCAGGCCAUCUUUGCCCCGAUGGCCCGGGCCAUGCAGAAGUAUCUGAGGACGACCAAACAGCAGGCGUUCCACAGCAUGGAGAGCAUCCUCACACACCUGCAGUUCUGCAUCACACACAACAUGACGCCCAAGGCUUUUCUCGAGCGUUACCUGACGCCGGGCCCCACGCUGCAGUACCAGCCGCAGAGCGACAGGGGGCGUCAGUGGACUCUGGUGAGCGAGGAGCCCGUCACGUCGGCGCUGAGGCGAGGUCUGGUCUUCGCUUUACGGCGCCUGGACUUUUCUCUGGUCGUCACGGUUACGCCGCUCCCCUUCCUGCGCCUGGGGGAGGAGUUUAUCGACCCCAAAUCGCACAAGUUCGUCAUGAGACUCCAGUCGGAGACGUCCGUUUAACGACGGCGGUGAAGAAGAAGAAGAAGAAGAAGAAGAAGUGAGCCAAAGUCACACACUGUAAAACAAAGAGCGUCUGUCCUGGUCAAAACGGUUCCACUCUCAAUAUUUAUCUUGGACUGGAAAUAGUUUAAUAAAUCAAAACACUGAUACUUUGAGCUCAUUUUAAGUUGAUAUUUGUGUUUUCUUUGUGUGACCUUCUCCCCGCGCUGCCGCCAACAAAAGACUAAAAAUGAAACAUCUGAAAAUCCCUUUAAACAAACACAAAGUCUGUGAUUCAGGACAAGAAAAUCUCAUGGACUGAGAUUCAAAACGGAUCCAGUGAUUUUUUUUAAUGUCCUGGUUUGGAAAUGUUCUGUGAUUUUUCCAAUAACAGAAGUUCUUUGGUCACUUUUGUAGAAGCUGCCGACAACUUUGGACAAUAAAUAAUCACAAAACCCGAUGAUUUCAAAGUGGAAAAACCUCAGCCAGAUUUUAAAUGUUUUACUUCACCGUGUCGUGUUUUGUAAAUGUUAAAAAAGUCUAAAAACGCAGCAGGAACGUUUCAGAACAGACAGUGAAGUUAAAGGUUCACUGUGUAACUUUUCUGCUCGUCUCCAUAGAGAUGUUAUUAUCUUGAAAUGUUCCACAGUCUGGCAUUAAACUGAUCUAUUUUCCACGUUCACACUGUCACAUGUUUCUAUUUUUUUUCUUCUAAAUGCCUUAAACACUUGGAUUCUCUGUGUGGGGUUUGGCUCUCCACAGAUCUGAGCUGUAACUGUCCUCGUGACCUCCUCGUGUUCAUGGAGAUGGACAAAUUUAAUGCCGUACUGCGGAAAAGCAUCUCCAUGGAAAUAGGCAGGUUGGCAGAUCCUCCACCAGAAAAGUUACACAGGGAAACAGUGUGUGACUUUUUUUAGACUCAAAACAGAAAAACAUGUGUCCUUACUCUGAACGGGCUCGCAGCUCCACAAACCUGACUCAUGUGGCCUCCUCUUGUUGUUCCUUUGGCUGUAAUAUUCCACUGUGUGUCAUAAAAUGUAUCUGUCUCCAUGGAGAAUGUCCUGAAGUGCAGCUUUAACUUUCUCUUUCCAUGGAAUCAUGCAGGUGACGUGCCACCUCCAGAAUGUCCCGUACUGUAGCUUUAACUAUGAUGAAACACUGUGGCUCAAAAUGGAGCCAGACAAAGUCAUGUUUCGAAAGAGGAACUGUUUGUGUAACCACUGACUGCACUGUCUGCUCUGUCUGCUCUCUGUCUGCACUCCGUCUGCACUCCGUCUGCACUCCGUCUGCUCUCUGUCUGCUCUGUCUGCUCUCUGUCUGCUCUCUGUCUGCUCUGUCUGCUCUCUCUCUGCUCUCUGUCUGUCUGCUCUGUCUGCUCUCUGUCUGCUCUGUCUGCUCUGUCUGCUCUGUCUGCUCUCUGUCUGCUCUCUGUCUGCUCUCUGUCUGUCUGCUCUGUCUGCUCUCUGUCUGCUCUGUCUGCUCUCUGUCUGCUCUGUCUGCUCUCUGUCUGCUCUCUGUCUGUCUGCUCUGUCUGCUCUCUGUCUGCUCUGUCUGCUCUCUGUCUGUCUGCUCUGUCUGCUCUCUGUCUGCUCUCUGUCUGCUCUCUGUCUGCUCUCUGUCUGCUCCGUCUGCUCUCUACACUGAGCCACUUCUGCUAAAGCAACACCUUGGAACUUUUCAUGUAAACCACAGUUACUUGAGACUAUUACUGUGUUUUAUACUUUACUGCUGGGGGAGAAUCAUUGUCCAGGAAUAUUCCACAGUGUGGCAUUAAACUUGUUUGGAUUCUUUCUGUGAGUGGGCUUGCCUCUCCAUAGAUCUGACCUGUGCCUGGUGUUGUCACUGUCCUGGAAACACCUAAAGUAAUAAAUAAAAUACAGAUGUGAUGAAUGCCACACUGUGGAACAUUCUGGGUAAAGCAAUAACAUCUCCAUGGAGACGAGCAGGUACAGGACCCUCCACCAGAAAAGUUACAUGAUGCACCUUUAAUACUGGAACUGAAUAUCUGAUGUACAUGUAGAACGAGCCAUAUCUGUGUAAAGUUCCGUAGUGUUUCUUUAUUUCUGUGUCACAUGAUGUUUGUUCACAUCAGUGUUUUUAUCUUUACUAAAGGCCUAUUCUGGAACUUUACAUUUACAUUUAUAUUUGUGAAAAACACGAUAAAAGCUGCACCUGAUUUUACGGUUUUAAAAACAGAAGGAGUCGUCACGGCUCAGACCGUCCUCAUUAUUCACCAGGAUGAGUUUAUAAGAGCUUUUCACAACCAGCAUGCUAACCACGCACUUCCUGAUUAUCAGACAAUAAGUUCCUAGAUGCAAAACAGAAAACAGUGGACGUAUAUCGACAUGUUUGUAUGUGCAGUACAUAUGUACUUCUACAGUAUAUGUGUACUUCUGUAGUAUAUAUACUAUGUGCAUGUGUAUAUGUACUUCUACAGUAUAUGUGUACUUGUGCAGUACAUAUGUACUUCUACAGUAUAUGUGUACUUGUGCAGUACAUAUGUACUUCUACAGUAUGUGUGUACUUGUGCAGUAUAUAUGUACUUCUACAGUAUGUGUGUAUUUCUGUAGUAUAUAUACUAUGUGCAUGUGUAUAUGUACCUCUACAGUAUAUGUGUACUUGUGCAGUAUAUAUGUACUUUUACAGUAUGUGUGUACUUGUGCAGUACAUAUGUACUUCUACAGUAUGUGUGUACUUGUGCAGUACAUAUGUACUUCUACAGUAUGUGUGUACUUGUGUAUGUUUAUGGUGGACAGACACAUUUGGCUCAAACAAAUAUAAAUCAGGUGCAGUGUCUUUAAAGCUCAGUCCACACGUGUGUGUGUGUGUGUGUGUGUGUUCACACUCGUGUGUGUGUCUGUGUUCACACUUGUGUGUCUGUUCACACUCGUGUGUGUCUGUUCUUGUGUUUUGUGUGAAUCUGUUCAGAUUUUUCCAGUGACUCUUUUGUAUUUGUGCUUUUUAUUUUUCAUAAAAAAACUUCACACGUCGAUAAUGAAGCUCCUCAUUUUCACCAGAGUCAAAAAUAUCACAGUCACUUUUUCUGUUCGGGUGAUUUUCCUUCACUAUUUGACUCUUUCUGACUCUUUUAAUUCACUGGGUUUACAUAUAUUUGAAAUCAUUUGUAGUAAUCCAAUAUUUGCCAGUGGAUUUCAAAUAAUUUAACUU